GAGUGUGUGUGUGAGUGUGUGUGUGAGUGUGUGUGUUUCUCUCCAGGACAAGGGUUGGAAAUAAAUUGUUUUGAGAAUCACUCGACUCUGAGUCGACUACUGCAGUGAGUUGAGUCAAUGAUCCGACUCACAGAAAAGAUCCGUAAUUGUCCUGCAUUUAAGAUUUUUUUCGGAAUGACGUGAGGAGACGUGGAGACGUGGUGUUGAGGAAAGUCUCGCGAUGUUUAAACGAGAUUGUGACUCUGGGUUAAAAGCGACAUCUACUGGUGUGGACUGAAAGUGGCCAUCAGGUCAGGGGGAAGAACUUGAGCAGCUGGGAAGCUUUUCUCAUCCUGAGGACCUGAACAUCAGACCAGCACUUUUACUGCCACUCACAGUUUAUUACACACACGUGAUUCCGGAGAACUAAGGAUGAAGAUGAGGAUGAAGAUGAGGAUGAGGUUUUAUUCGGAGCCGCUCAGACGCAGUGGUUUGUCCUAAAUCACCUCCGGGUCCUGGUGCAUGGAUGAAGAGAAUCUGCGCAUCUUCCAGAAAAGCAAGGUAGAGCUGUCUCACUGCACCAGUGCCUGGUCUCUCUGUCUCACUGUCCUCCCUCACAGUUAUGGAGAAGUGUUGUUCCGAAUGUCCGGAGCCUCGAGUGGCCCAGAGUUUAUGUACCUUCUGCAACAAGUGGCUGUGCUUCCAGUGUACAGAUCUGCACCAGCACGACAGGACGGCAGCAGCUCCAGCAGCCGAGUCACGGCAUCAGUCGAGCUCCAGCAGUCCCACAGCACCACCAGAACCAGGUUCGGCUUGUUGUGGCCGUGCGGUCGUCAUGUGUCCACUCCAUAAACAGGAGCUUCUGGAGCUCUUCUGUGAAACCUGUGACCUUCUGGCCUGCAGCAUCUGCCACCUGUCCUCACACAAGGACCAUCGGCUGGUGCACGUUGGCAAGGCUUUACAGGAUCAGCAGUGGCUCCUGGAGAACUUGAUGGCUCGUGUGGAGGAGAAGAGAUCAGCUGUGGAGAACACUGCCAAGCAGAUUCAGGGCAGGUUUCACAGUGUAAAGAUCACACAGAGGAAGGCUGAGAACCAGAUAAAAAUGGCCAAGAUGAUCAUGAUGAAUGAGCUGAACAAAAGGGCCAACCUAUUAAUAGAGCAACUGGAGAAUAUCUCGAGCGGGUUUAAGCAGCAUCUGGAGGACCAGCUGCAGGGGGCGAUAGAGCUUUGUAGCCAGCUGGAGCACAUGCAGAACUUCAUCACCUGGGCAGUAGCACAUCACAGGAGGAACCCACUGCUGUUCAGCAAAGAACUGAUCGCUCUUCAGAUGCAGCAGCUCCUGGAGCCGCUGAUACACUCCGAGACCUGGGCACCUCUGAAGAUGAAGUUCAACUGGGACGCCAGCUUCUGGACCAAACAGAUCUCCACUCUAGGUCAGCUGAGUGUGGAGGGAGGAAGUCGCUCGUACUCGGAGGGCAUGGGCCGGGCCGGGAUCCUGAGACCUCAGGCUGUCCCCUGUGUGUCUGUGCCAUCUCUGUGUUAUCCGCUCCGAGAGACAGAAUGCAGCUAUCAGUCAUUCUGCCAGCAUCAACUCUGCUGCCUGCACUGCAGACCGGCUCCUUCUGUCCCGCUGGAGAAGUUUCCCAUCCCACUGGACAGGUAUUCAGUUCCGGAACCCAGCUGCAGUUCUCCUCCCAGCCUGCAGAGGUGCUGGAGUUCUGAUGCCGAGGCCCAAGCUCAGCCAUCCCUGCAUGAAUCAAGGAGCCUGGGUGCAGACGCAGUGAAACCUGCUGCAGUGAGUGAUCUUCAGCCUCAGAGCAGCCGAGAGCGUCCCACGGAGCAGCAGAUGUUUCCAAAAAAGCGGCUUGGAGAUCUGCAGGACUUGGAGUGCAGUGAGAAACGUCUCUCAGAGCAGACAGAUGAAGACAUGAGAACCUCAAACAGAACCUCACAGAACAGCCCCACACCCUCAGACAUGCUGGUACAGGACGGAGGAUUUGGAGCUAAUGCUGAGAGCCCAGAGAGCAGAACUGCUGUGUGCAGCAUUUCAACAGAACCAGGACCAGAACCUUCUCACACAUCCCAUCCUCUGGGGAUUAAUCAGAGAGCAGGAACAGGAGCCAAGCAACAGGAAGUCACGGCACAGUCGCCGGACUACACGAGUCCUGCUGAACGAAUUCUGGACGACGUGAUGAUCCGGUUUCAUCCAGACAGCCGUGAUGGUUCUUCUCAGACAUUCUACAAGACAGAGCCUGAUAAUGUCUAUGCAUGUCCUCAUGAAAACACCAGCUGUACAUCUCCGGAUAAAUGCAGCAUAUCAGCAGUUCAGGAUACCAGAAAAGCUCCUGAGGGUUCAAAGGUCCCUGUUGUGUGUCUGGAACGGCUGAAGAUCCUGGUGUCCAGAUGUCCACCACAGGGGCACCACAGCACACCUCCUCCAGCUGACCCCAGACUGAAGUGUGGUGGGAUUGUGUCUAAGGAGCUGUACACAGAAGUCAGUACUGAGGAGGAACCUGUUGAAGAACCAGGACAGAGAGCAGAGGCAUAUCAGCUACCAAGUGAGCCAGAACAUCUGUGCAGCACAUCACCAGUGGGCUCAGAGUCUUCCUUGCAGGAGCUUUGCAACAGAAGUGAGGAAUUUUCAGCACGCAUGACCGCUCCAUCCCCAUCCAGCGAUCCGGAAUCUUCCACUUCCACACCACCUGAAUCCAAAUACGCUUCCGACCCUAAUCAGUCUGAACCCAGAUCUGUGACAGCGUCUGACUCGCAGCUCGAGUCCACGGCAGACGCUGACCUCAACUCAGACGCUGAACUCGAAUCUGAUCUUCAAGUAGAAUCAGAUCCGAGUUCCACAUCUGGACCACAAAUCGAGUCGGACUCAGAAUCAGACCUGGAGAUCGAACAGGUUCCGGAGCUUCCUGCAGAGUUCGAGCAGGAGCUGGAAUCGAAUGCAGACUCCACCGCUGAAGUAACUCUGAACCUGGAGCAGGAGUGUGAAUGGGAGGCGGAGCCAGUGGGUGUGAAGGCAAGCGGUGUGGUGGAGCGGCAGUGUGCAGAGGUGGAGAGCGAGGACUUCUGUGCCGUCUGCUCCAUUGGAGGAGAGUUGCUGUGCUGUGAUCGCUGCCCCAAGGUCUUUCACCUGAGCUGCCACGUGCCGUCUCUCCUCAGCUUUCCCACGGGCGACUGGGUGUGUUCACUGUGCAGAGACGUGCAGCGACCGGAGGUGGUGUACGACUGUGAGGACUCCCGACUGUCCCCCCACACCACACCAUCUGCACUGUCACCAUGUGACCAGAGGAAAUGUGAGAAGCUCAUGCUGCUCAUCUACAGCAACAUCCUGAGCGCUCCGUUCCACGAACCCGUCAGCCCGCUGGCUCGUCAUUAUUAUCAGAUCAUCAAGAGGCCCAUGGACUUGUCCGUUAUCCGGAGCAGGCUGAACAAACGCAGCUCGACUCACUACAGCUCCGUCACAGAGUUCGUGUCUGACGUCCUGCUGAUGUUUAAGAACUGUGCCAAGUUUAACUACCCGGACUCAGAAGUGGCUCAGGCCGGCCGCAGUCUUCAGACCUUCUUUCUCUCGAAGCUCAGUGUGGUUUUUCCUGAGCUCAGCUGUCCUGCUCCUGAUGGCGACUCAGACAGCGAUGAUUACGAGGAGCCCGAGUGUGCAGCCGCUCUCACCUUCCCCUGGCCUGACAGGAGAGAACAGAGCCACAGGAAGAGGAAGAGAAGGCGUUCGCUCAGCUGGAAGAGACAUCACUAUUAACCUCCUGCUCUAUGAUGGACUUGUACACCAUCACACAGAUACACAGCUUCACCUGAGAGCUAAACCUGAUUAAAACACCUUCUCUAA